CCCCAGCAUUAGCCAAAGCAGCAGCCACUGCUCGUGUCUCCCAGUGUGGCAUCAGCAGGAGCUUGCACCAUGGGGCUCUCCUGCAUUCACCUCCUUCUCUUGAUGCUGCUUGGUUUGUGGUGGCCAGGUUUGGCAUGGCAUCGGGUGGGAGCAGCUCAGGUUCGGGAACACUACAUAGCCGCAGAGACUAUCAGCUGGAGCUACAGACCCCAGUCCAAAGAACAGUCCAGAUUAGACAAAUCAGAACCUGUGUUUAAGAAAAUUGCCUAUAGAGAGUAUGAAGCAGAUUUUCAGACAGCAAAACCAAGAGAUACUUUCUCAGGACUUCUGGGACCAACUCUGCGGGCUGAAGUGGGAGACACUUUAGUAGUUCACUUCAAGAACAUGGCCAACAAACCGCUGAGCAUUCACCCACAAGGCAUAGCUUACAACAAACUGUCGGAAGGUUCCCUGUACGCUGACAGAACAUCUUCUUUUGAAAAACUGGAUGAUGCUGUGCUUCCAGGCCUGGUGUAUAAAUACACGUGGGAGAUCACUGCGGAAAUUGGGCCUAAAGAAGCCGACCCACCCUGUCUCACCUAUAUCUAUUACUCACAUGAGAACAUGGUGAUGGACUUUAACUCCGGUCUGAUUGGAGCAUUGCUUAUAUGUAAAAAAGGAAGCCUGAAGGAAGAUGGGACACAGAAGCUGUUUGACAGAGAAUAUGUGUUGAUGUUUGCUGUGUUCGAUGAAAGCAAAAGCUGGCAAAAAUCAACCUCUCUCCUGUACACGAUUAAUGGUUACGCUAAUGGGACAUUGCCAGACCUAGGAGCUUGCACAUACGAUAACAUUAGCUGGCAUUUGAUAGGAAUGAGUUCCAAGCCAGAGAUUUUCUCCAUCCAUUUCAAUGGGCAAGUCCUGGAACAAAAUCGUCGCAAGGUCUCGACUGUCAACCUUGUGGGAGGUGCAUCGACCACAGCAAACAUGACUGUGAGCCAGAAAGGAAGGUGGCUGAUAUCUUCACUUGUCCAGAAGCAUCUGCAAGCUGGAAUGCACGGUUACCUCAACAUAGAAGAACAUGCCGGGAAAGACGUGUUCAAUAAGAAAUUCUCCUUUAAGGAACGGCGUAUGAUUAAGGACUGGGAAUAUUUCAUUGCUGCGGAAGAAAUCACCUGGGAUUAUGCUCCAGAAAUUCCAGAGACCAUUGAUAGGCAAUAUAAAGCUCAGUACUUGGACAACUUCUCAAAUCUCAUUGGGAAGAAGUAUAAAAAGGCUGUUUUCAGGCAGUAUGCAGAUGCCAACUUCAAUAAGCGUCUGGAGACUCCCCGG